CUUCGUUGUUGCCAGCUUCAGCUCAGUCUCGACAUUCCCUUUCCAGACAACACUAUCUUCAUCAUGGCGGACGAAGUUUACGAUGGUGCCAUUGGCAUCGAUCUUGGUACUACCUACUCUUGCGUUGCCAUCUACGAGGGUACCAAUGUCGAGAUCAUUGCCAACGAGCAGGGUAGCUUCACCACUCCCUCUUUCGUCUCCUUCACUCCCGAGGAGCGUUUGAUCGGUGAGGCCGCCAAGAACCAGGCCGCCAUGAACCCGAAGAACACCGUCUUCGAUGUCAAGCGUCUUAUCGGUCGCCGCAUCGAUGACCCCACUGUCAAGAAGGACCAGGAGUCUUGGCCCUUCAAGGUUGUCGACGAUGGUGCCGGCAACCCCAAGGUUGAGGUUGACUACCUCAACGGUGUCCACACCUUCUCCCCCCAGGAGAUCUCCGCCAUGGUCCUCACCAAGAUGAAGGAGAUUGCCGAGGUCAAACUUGGCAAGAAGGUUGAGAAGGCUGUCAUCACUGUCCCCGCCUACUUCAACGACAACCAGCGUCAGGCUACCAAGGAUGCUGGUGCCAUUGCCGGCCUCAACGUCCUCCGUAUCAUCAACGAGCCCACCGCUGCCGCCAUUGCCUACGGUCUCGGUGCCAACAAGUCCAACAAGGAGCGCAACGUCCUCAUCUACGAUCUCGGUGGUGGUACUUUCGAUGUCUCCCUCCUCAACAUCCAGGGUGGUGUCUUCACCGUCAAGGCCACCGCUGGUGACACCCAUCUUGGUGGUCAGGACUUCGACACCAACCUUCUCGACUACUGCAAAAAAGAGUUCACCCGUAAGACUAAAAAGGAUCUUUCCGGCGAUGCCCGCGCUCUCCGCCGUCUCCGUACUGCUUGCGAGCGUGCCAAGCGUACCCUCUCUUCCGGUGCUCAGACCACCAUUGAGAUCGACUCCCUCUUCGAUGGUGAGGACUUCAACAUCAACGUCACUCGUGCCCGUUUCGAGGACUUGAACGCCAAGGCCUUCUCUGGUACCCUCGAGCCUGUUGCCCAGGUCCUCAAGGAUGCCAGCAUUGAGAAGUCCGCCGUUGACGAGAUUGUCCUCGUCGGUGGUUCUACCCGUAUCCCCAAGGUCCAGAAGCUCCUCAGCGAGUUCUUCGACGGCAAGAAGCUCGAGAAGUCCAUCAACCCCGAUGAGGCCGUCGCCUACGGUGCCGCCGUCCAGGCCGGUAUCCUCUCCGGCAAGGCCACCUCCGCCGAGACCUCCGACCUCCUCCUCCUCGAUGUCGUUCCCCUCUCCCUCGGUGUCGCCAUGGAGGGCAACAUCUUUGCCCCCGUCGUCCCCCGUGGCCAGACUGUGCCCACCAUCAAGAAGCGCACCUUCACCACUGUUGCCGACAACCAGCAGACCGUUCAGUUCCCCGUUUACCAGGGUGAGCGUGUCAACUGCGAGGACAACACCUCUCUCGGCGAGUUCACUCUUGCUCCUAUCCCUCCCAUGAAGGCUGGUGAGCCCGUCCUCGAGGUCGUCUUCGAGGUCGACGUCAACGGUAUCCUCAAGGUCACCGCCACUGAGAAGACCUCUGGCCGCUCUGCCAACAUCACCAUCUCCAACUCCGUUGGCAAGCUCUCUUCCUCUGAGAUCGAGAAGAUGGUUGAGGAGGCUGAGAAGUUCAAGAGCAACGACGAGGCCUUCUCCAAGCGCUUCGAGGCCAAGCAGCAGCUCGAGUCCUACAUCUCCCGCGUUGAGGAGAUCGUCUCCGACCCCACUCUCUCCCUCAAGCUCAAGCGCGGCCAGAAGGAGAAGAUUGAGCAGUCCCUCUCCGAGGCUAUGAGCCAGCUCGAGAUUGAGGACUCCUCCGCCGAGGACCUCAAGAAGAAGGAGCUUGCCCUCAAGCGCCUCGUCACCAAGGCCAUGUCUUCCCGCUAAAUUACCUUUUAGCUUAACGAAGUGUAUGAUGCUCGCCUUCCAUCUACCAAUGGGCGCGAUACUUGGGAAUAGGAACAGGAACUUUAAUUGAAGGCAGGGUCUUGUCUUGUAUCGGCACGACGUCUUCAUAUACCUCGUUCAUUGGGACCGGAUACUCAAAAGUUGGGGGGGCCAUGUGUAUUUGAUCUGCAUUCUACGGCAUCAGUCGCAGCCCCAGGCAGGGAAUGGUUGUUUCCAAGAACGAAUGACAUACCGGAUGGAUUUCUUUUCCUUGCCUUUUAGCGCCAUUGAUCUCUUUAUUUAUGACCCAAAAUCUCUUCGGCGCAACUGCAUGUAGACUGGGGAAGGUGCAAAAACAAUACAAACGAUGAACAAAACUUUUACAUUGUCUCCCUUUCGAUGCAAAAAGUGACUGUCUUGUUUGUGAUUCUUAACUUGUGUUGUCGGAUGUGUCGUCCAUUUUACAAGGUAUCAUAACAUGUUGUUUAG